AUGUGCUCUGGCAGAAGCCUGCUCCUGACUGGCCUGAUGGCAGCGUUACUUCUCCAUCUCUGCAGUGAGUCUGAAGCAGCAAGCAACUUUGAUUGUUGCCUCCAGUAUACAGAAUUUGUAAUUCCUCCCAUGUCUAUUGUGGGCUUCACUCAGCAACUGGCCAAUGAAGUUUGUGACAUCGAUGCUAUCAUCUUUCACACAAGGAAAAAUUUGGCUGUGUGUGCAGACCCAAAGAAGUUAUGGGUGAAGAGAGUUUUGCGUAACCUCAGUCGUAGAGCCAGGACUACAUAAAGAUGAAUGGUUUCCUGGAGUGGGAUUGGACACAGCCCAAGAACCAAAAGAACUUCUGUGGGGUUGGAGAUUUCAUUUGCACAUUUUUUGGGAGCUUGGCACCUAUCUGAUUUGUAACUUUUUGGGCUUGUCCAGUUAAUGAAGUUGAUUCAUAUUGCAUCAUAGUUGCUUUGUUUAAGCAUCAUAAUAAGUCAAAGUACUUUAUGUAAAGUUAUUUAUGGUUAUCCAUUUUCUGUGUCUAUUUAAUACUAUUUUCUCAUAAGCUAUUGGUUUAAUAUAAGGUAUAAAAUUAUGCUUUGGGGAAUAUGAUUAUAAGGGCUUUCUUGCAAGCAGCAAGCUAUUU